GCGCAUGCGCAAUGUUUUGCUGUAAAUACUGAGCUUCCUUGACAGUCGGUAAUGUCAAAAACACUGACGAUCACUGGAUUGAACACUUGAAAAACUUACCAUCGGAAAGACAACUUUUUGUAAACGGACAACAGAGAUGUCUGCUGCAGUUUACCUUGUGUCCACGGUCACUGGAUAUGUGGUCACCUCUGUGUUGCUGCUCAAAUGUCCAUCCCUUCUGCACCUAAGGAAAAAGCAGCCGUUCCUAAGUAGACACAUAUCACACCGUGGAGGGGCUGGUGAAAACUUAGAGAAUACCAUGGCAGCUUUCAAGCAUGCUGUAGAUGUUGGAACAGACAUGCUGGAGCUGGACUGCCACCUGACCAGGGAUGACCAGGUGGUGGUGUUGCACGACGCUGAUCUGAGGAGGUCCACAGGCAUAAACGCCUGCAUCUCAGAUGUGACUUUUGCCGAGCUUCCUCCUUAUCUGGGCCAGCUUGGUGUAACCUUCCAAAAGGAGUGUUUCUGUGAGGGAGGAAAUGACAAGCGCAUCCCCCUCCUCAGAGAUGUGUUUGAGGCCUUUCCCAACACGCCUGUCAACAUCGACAUCAAGGUCAACAACGACACGCUGAUCAAGAAGGUGUCAGAGCUGGUUGUUCAGUAUAACCGGGAGCAUCUGACUGUAUGGGGCAAUGCCAGGAACCAGAUAGUGAAGAAGUGUUACAAAGAGAACCCCCGUAUUCCAGUGCUGUUCAGCCUGCCUAGAGUGUUUAUGCUCCUUGGCCUCUUCUACGCGGGCCUCCUGCCCUUCGUUCCCCUCAAGGAGCAGUUUCUGGAGAUCCCUAUGCCUUCCAUCAUCACCAAAAUGAAGGACAGUGACAGACUUUCAAGGAGCAAGCGUGUCAUUAUCUGGCUGGCUGAUGCCUUGCUGAUGAGGAAAGCUCUGUUUGACCACCUAACAGCAAGAGGAGUACAGGUGUAUGUGUGGGUGUUGAAUGACGAGGAGGACUUCAAGAGGGCAUUCGACUUGGGUGCCACAGGGGUAAUGACCGACUUCCCCACAAAGCUGAAAGACUUCAUGGACGAAAAUGCCAUUGCAAAGUGACCUGCCAAACUCCAGUAGGCCUAUCCUCAAUCCCCUCCACCCCUAACAGAGACUCUCCUGCCAGGGCAGCCCAGCUGCUCCAGUACUGCAUGAUCUCCAUUCUGGUAUUUUAGGUGAUGUGUACCUUCAGAACACAUUAUCUUGAGCCAUCCUCCAUCUGAAUUGGGCCAGUAUAGACACAGCACAUCUGAAGCACCCUCAGACACUAGCUUUUAGCUCUGCUAAUCAUUGACUCAUAGUGACUGACCAAAGUAAUGUUUUGUUGGAUAUUGUAAUGGCCAACUUUAGUGCAGUGUUACUGGAAAUCACACAGGACAGGACAGUGGUGAAACAAUCAGUAUCUUCCAUUUGUUAUUGGCCUCCUUCAACAGGGUCCAGUUUAACCAUUGAUCUUAAUCUAUGGGUUAUGAACCGACAGAGAUUCAGAGGUGGAGUCAAUCAAUUAAUAAACCUAUAUUACAUACAUUUACAUAAAUACAGGAUUUUUAUUUACAUUUGUUGCAUUAUAAAUUCAAUUCUUGAAGUGUGGGCAUUUUUAUUAAAUAUGAGAAUAGAUUGCAUCCAAGUUGGUUAUGGCACAUAACAAUGAAACACCGCUCCUAACAAUUGAUUGUAAAAGACUAUUCUAGAGAAACAGAGGGACACAUUCUAAUACUCAAGUUACAGGUGCAAGCAGCUACCAUUAUCUACAGGAACAUUUGUUUAGAAUGAUCAGACAUGUUUAAUCCUAUCUCUGUAAUAGGCCUUCAAAGUGAUAUGUUUUAGGAGGAAGAAGAGUACCAAAUACUUCUCUUCUGAUGUGUGAUACAUUUUAUUGUUCUGUAACUAUAAUUUGUUUUCCUGACAAUGUGUAGCACUUAUCUGGAUAGGACCAAAAGAGUCUAUCACAGCAGAGGGUGUCAUUCCUUAAAUGGAAAUGUCCUUUGUAUGAUUGAUUGGUUGCCAAGUUGCCAACUGAUAAAUUUGCAAUGACAGAACAUCACCUGUUAUGUUGAACACUGAAUUAUUUUUGUAUUUAUGUAUGAGGAGUGCAAGUUUUUGCUUUUGUAAACAGAAAAUUGUGAUUGAAUAGAUUGUGGACAUUAUACUUUUCUGGUUGUUGUAUAGCUUUUCGCUGGUGUAAUUCAUUUUUAAGUUAACAUUCGGACCUUGCCUUGGUGUUUCACUGAAUAUUUGCCACAUUGGAAUUCAGUUUGUGUUCUCUUUGAUUUACAUAAAAUGCUGUGGUGUUA